UAUCUCCUUUUGAAAAUAAUAAACAUUAAAAAAUAUUGAAAAUACAAUUUAGAAGAAAAACAAACUAAUCCAACUGUCAAUUUUUGCUCAAUGUUUAUUUUUAUUGAAUUGUGAACAGUUUUUAUUAUUCCUCAUAAGCCGUAACACAACAAAAAAUCAAUCAUGCCACAGAACGAGUAUAUGGAGAGGCACCGUAAAUUAUACGGUCGCCGGUUAGAUUAUGAACAGCGCAUGCGUAAGAAGGAAGCCCGAGAGCCUCAUCUACGUUCUGACAAGGCAAAACGACUUCGUGGUCUAAAAGCUAAACUCUAUAACAAGGAACGUCGUAAUGAGAAGAUUCAAAUGAAGAAAAAGAUCAAGGAACAUGAAGAAAAAUUACAGAAAAAGAAAGAAGAAAAACCUAAGGAAGGAGCACUUCCAGUUUAUUUACUUGACAGAGAUGUUCAGUCAAGUGCCAAAGUCCUCUCCAACAUGAUUAAACAGAAACGUAAGGAAAAAGCUGGCAAGUGGGAUGUACCUAUACCUAAGGUGCGUGCGCAAGGAGACUCGGAGGUAUUCAAGGUAUUUAGAACAGGCAAAUCCAAAAGAAAAGGAUGGAAGAGGAUGGUCACAAAAGUGUGUUAUGUUGGUGAAGGAUUUACACGUAAACCACCUAAGUUUGAAAGGUUUAUUAGACCUAUGGCUUUACGUUUCAAUAAAGCUCAUGUUACUCAUCCAGAAUUGAAAGCUACUUUCUAUCUACCUAUUAUUGGUGUAAAAAAAAAUCCUAAUUCUCCAAUGUAUACAAAUUUGGGUGUUAUAACUAAAGGUACUGUAAUAGAAGUAAACAUUAGUGAAUUAGGUCUAGUAACACAGUCUGGUAAAGUUGUUUGGGGAAAAUAUGCACAGGUUACUAACAAUCCAGAAAAUGACGGUUGUAUUAACGCUGUACUUUUGGUUUAAGUUUGUAUCUUUAUUUUUAUUUUUUUUAAUAAAAUAUAAAUUUUAUUAUUA